AAAGCUUAAAGUGAAAAUCUUAAGUUAACUUUAUAGAUAUGCGCUCCUGGAACACGUUUAUCAAGCGAUAAUCACCUUUAUUUGUUGAUUGAGCUUUUCAAUACCUCGAAAAGGACUAAAUCGUUAUUACCGUGUUUUCCGUUACUUAUGGAUGAAGCCUUCGAUUUCAGAGCAGUAUUUUUGUCUGAACGUCGUAAUGUGAAGCCAUAUGAUGUGCUUAAUGGUUGUAAAAUUAACAUACAGCUUUGUGAAGACCCUGGUAAUUCUGCAAUAGUUAAAUCACUGGCCUUCUAUUCACGUGAUGCACAAGAAUUUUUUGGUGAAGUUGACAGAAAGGGACUGCGUACACUUAAAACUCGAGAGAUAUUUCUGAGGAGAACCACCAACUUUCCAGGACCUCCUAUAAGAAUGAAAUUCACUGCAACAACAUUCAUACGAGAAAUCCAAGUUAAACAUCAUAGUCAAUUUGAAAAUCUACUAACGAGUUACAAUUUAAUGAUACCAGAUAAUAGUUACUUCACAGAAGAUAAACAAUUACUUCAUUCAAAUUCAAUUACUAAACAUUUAUCAUUGAUUAAUCGAAAUUGUUCACGUGAUGCGGAAUGUUCCAUUUCAUUAAUAAAAAUUCCUGAUGAAAGUUCAGAAGAAAUUGACGAAACGAAUCUGAGAAACAGAAUAAAUCCCAUUAACCUAAGUAUUACAUCAUCAUUAUCUGUAAUGAAUCCAUAUAAACAUGAUUAUGAGCGACUUAUUUACCCAGCUGAUAGAUUGAAAUUAUCAAACUUACAAAUUAUUAUUAAAGAUGAAGAGAUGGAUUCGGUGGAAAAUGAUGCUGAUUUUUAG